AUGAAAAGGGAAGGAAGGAAGGAAGGAAGGAAGGAAGGAAGGAAGGAAGGAAGGAAGGAAGGAAGGAAGGAAGGAAGGAAGGAAGGAAGGAAGGAAGGAAGGAAGGAAGGAAGGAAGGAAGGAAGGAAGGAAGGAAGGAAGGAAGGAAGGAAGGACGGAAGGAAGGAAGGAAGGAAGGAAGGAAGGAAGGAAGGAAGGAAGGGUGGUUGGAUGAUAGGAAAAGAGGAAUCAAGUCCAGAGAGAGAAGAGAGAAAAAAGGUAAUAGAGAAGAAUACAGGAAUGAAUCAAAAAGACAAGGGGAACAAGGGAACACAUCUAGGCUGCCUGUUCUGUACAGGAAAGAAAAGAGGGGUGAGAUCAAGAGGAAGGAAGGGAGAAAGGAACCAAAAAGGGUUCUUCAAAUGGUUAUCCUAUGGGGACAGCCGAAGAACCCUUUUAAGCUCUAGAUAUCACUUGUGUAGACACAAUAUUUUAAUUGAAUACCAUCAUCCACAGAAGCAUCUCCCUUCCAGCCUCCCCAUCCUAUUUCCCCCUCUGAAUGGGACAGUCAAACAUGGCUGUUACAUGGUUGAGAUCCCAUUCAUGCUACUGCUCCACCCAUUCACACACACCUCCCCUCUACCCCUUCUGUUAGACAGAAGUAGGUUUCUAGGGGUUAAGGUUGAGCGCUUACAGCACAGAGCUGGCCCACUGGCCGGGGUGAGAUACAGCUUGAUGAAUGGCUUCAAAACCAGAGGAGAGGAGGGAGGGAUGAGGGAAGGAGGGAGGGAGGGAGGCAGAGAGAGACGAAAGAGAAGAAGAGGAGAUAAAGCCUGAUGGAUGGUCAUGAAAAGAGAGGAGUGGAGGGAGGGAGGGAGGGAGGGAGGGAGGGAGGGAGGGAGGGAGGGAGGGAGGGAGACUCUCCGCUUUCCAUUUCCCCUCUGUCUGGUCUGCUGAUGAUGAAGGUCAUUAUUCACCUUCAUAUUUGAGCCUCUGUCAAAUUAUAGAUAGCCCUGUUUCACAUGCCAUCUCUCUCUUAUAGAUAGCCCUGUUUCACAUGCCCUCUCUCUCUCUCUUCUCUCUUCUCUUCUCUAUCCCGCUCUUCGGUCCUCUCUACAUCGCUCUCGCGCUCUCUCUCUCUCUCUCUCUCUCUUCUCUCUCUCUCUCUCUCUCUCUCUUAUCUCUGAUCUAUCUCGCUAUAUCUCUAUUCUCUCUCUCUUCUCUCUCUCUCUCUCUCUUCUCUUCUCCCCCUCCCUUCGCGUUCUCUUCUCCUUACUCCUCUCGCUCUCAAUUUCAAUUAAAUUCAAUUCAAAGGGCUUUAUUGGCAUGGGAAACACAUGUUUACAUUGUCAAAGCAAGUGAAAUAGAUCAUAAACAAAAGGGAAAUAAACAAUCAGAAAAUAACAGUAAACAUUACACUCACAAAAGUUUUAAAAUAAUAUAGGCUAUGUACAGUGAAAAUAAAUAAACAGAUAAAUAUAAAUUGUAUUUAUAAUGGUUUGUGGAUCUGUGUAAUCUGAGGGAAAUAUGUGUCUCUAAUAUGGUCAUACAUUUGGCAGGAGGUUAGGAAGUGCAGCUCAGUUUCCACCUCAUUUUGUUGGGAGUGUGCACAUAGCUUGUCUUCUCUUGAGAGCCAGGUCUGCCUAUGACAGCUUCUCUUGAUAGCAAGGCUAUGCUCGCUGAGUCUGUACAUUGUCAAAGCUUUUCUUAAUUUUGGGUAAGUCAAAGUGGUCAGGUACUCUGCUACUGUGUAUUCUCUGUUUAGGGCCAAUGUGUCAAGUAAUUAUCUUUUUGUUUUCUCAUGAUUUGGUUGGGUCUAAUUGUGUUGCUGUCCUAGGGCUCUGUGGGGUCUGUUUGUAUUUGUGAACAGAGUCCCAGGACCAGCUGGCUGAGGAUACUCUUCUCCAGGUUCAUGUCUCUGUAGGUGAGGGCUUUGUUAUGGAAGGUUUUAAUUGCUAUUUUCUGUGUUUUAUGUUGUGCACUGAGGAUGUUUUGCAGAGAAUACUGAGGAUUGCACUUGUUUGCUGCUUUUCCUUCACUCUGCGAUCCGACUCAUCCCAAACCAUCUCAAUUGGGUUGAGGUCGGGGGAUUGUGGAGGCCAGGUCAUCUGAUGCAGCACUCCAUCACUCUCCUUCUUGGUAAAAUAGCCCUUAGACAGCCUGGAGGUAUGUUGGGUCAUUGUCCUGUUGAAAAACAAAUGAUAGUCCCACUAAGCCCAAACCAGAUGGGAUGGCCUUGAAUUCUGAAUAAAUCACAGACAGUGUCACCAGCAAAGCACCCCCCACACCAUAACACCUCCUCCUCCAUGCUUCAUGGCGGGAACCACACAUGCGGAGAUCAUCCGUUCACCUACUCUGCAUCUCACAAAGACAUGGCGGUUGGAACCAGAAAUCUCAAAUUUGGACUCCAAACCAAAGGACUAAUUUCCACCGGUCUAAUGUCCAUUGCUCGUGUUUCUUGGCCCGAGCAGGUCUCUUCUUAUUAUUGGUAUCCUUUAGUGGUGGUUUCUUUGCAGCAAUACGACCAUGAAGUCCUGAUUCACACAGUCCCCUCUGAACAGUUGAUGUUGAGAUGUGUCUGUUACUUGAACUAUGUGAAGCAUUCAUUUGGGCUGCAAUUUCUGAGGCUGGUAACUCUAAUGAACUUAUCCGCUGCAGCAGAGGUAACUCUGGGUCUUCCAUUCCUGUGGUGGUCCGCAUGAGAGCCAGUUUCAUCAUAGCGCUUGAUGGUUUUUGCGACUGCACUUGAAGAAACUUUCAAAGUUCUUGAAAAUGUCCGUAUUGACUGACCUUCAUCUCUUAAAGUAAUGAUGGACUAUCAUUUCUCUUUGCUUAUUUGAGCUGUUCUUGCCAUAAUAUGGACUUUUUUUUUUACCAAAUAAGGCUAUCUUCUGUAUAGCCCCCCUACCUUGUCACAACACUUGAUUGACUCAAACACAAAUUAACUUCUAUAUUGCCGACCUGUUAAUUGAAAUGCAUUCCAGGUGACUACCUCAUGAAGAUGGUUGAGAGAAUGCCAAGAGUGUGCAAAGCUGUCAUCAAGGCAAAGGGUGGCUACUUUGAAGAAUCUCAAAUAUAAAAUAUAUUUAGAUUUGAUUAACACUUUUUUGAUUACUACAUGAUUCCAUAUGUGUUAUUUCAUAGUUUUGAUGUCUUCACUAUUAUUCUACAAUGUAGAAAAUAGUAAAAAUAAAGAAAAACCCUUGAAUGAGUAGUGUGUCCAAACUGGUAGGUGCUGUUGUAGGCCGUCCUUGGUUUGGGCAGAUGCACCAGAUCAUCUGCAAACAGUAAACAUGUGCUUCAAACUGUUCUAGAGCCCUCGCCAAUUCGUUUAUAUAACUUUUGAAGAGGAUGGGACUCAAGCUGCAUCUCUGUCUCACCCCCAGUUCCUGAGGGAAGAAAUCAGUGUGUUUUUUGCCAAUUUUAACCGCAGACUUGUUGUUUGUGUACAUGGAUAACAAUGACUCUUUUUUAUUGAUCAUGUCUCAUUCUUCUUCAGUUACAUUGAGCUAUUUUCUGACUUGCUGUUUUACUUUUCUUAGUGAGGUGUAAGCUCAGGUUUUCUGGGUCUCUGUCUGAUUCUCUGACUGUCUUGCUCUCUGACUGUCUGAUUCUCUGACUGUCUCACUCUCUGACUGUCUGAUUCUCUGACUGUCUUGCUCUCUGACUAUCUGAUUCUCUGACUGUCUCACUCUCUGACUGUCUCACUCUCUGACUGUCUCACUCUCUGACUGUCUCACUCUCUGACUGUCUUGCUCUCUGACUGUCUGAUUCUCUGACUGUCUGUUUCUCUGACUAUCUGAUUCUCUGACUGUCUUGCUCUCUGACUGUCUCACUCUCUGACUGUCUUGCUCUCUGACUGUCUGAUUCUCUGACUGUCUUGCUCUCUGACUGUCUGAUUCUCUGACUGUCUUGCUCUCUGACUAUCUGAUUCUCUGACUGUCUUGCUCUCUGACUGUCUCACUCUCUGACUGUCUUGCUCUCUGACUGUCUGAUUCUCUGACUGUCUUGCUCUCUGACUGUCUCACUCUCUGACUGUCUUGCUCUCUGACUAUCUGAUUCUCUGACUGUCUUGCUCUCUGACUGUCUGAUUCUCUGACUGUCUUGCUCUCUGACUAUCUGAUUCUCUGACUGUCUUGCUCUCUGACUGUCUGAUUCUCUGACUGUCUGAUUCUCUGACUGUCUCACUCUCUGACUGUCUUGCUCUCUGACUGUCUCACUCUCUGACUGUCUUGCUCUCUGACUAUCUGAUUCUCUGACUGUCUUGCUCUCUGACUGUCUGAUUCUCUGACUGUCUUGCUCUCUGACUAUCUGAUUCUCUGACUGUCUUGCUCUCUGACUGUCUGAUUCUCUGACUGUCUGAUUCUCUGACUGUCUUGCUCUCUGACUAUCUGAUUCUCUGACUGUCUUAUUCUCUGACUGUCUUGCUUGCUGACUGUAUGUCUUUCUCUGUCUCCCUAUCUAUGUCUCUGUCUUGCAGCCUGUCUGAUUGUCUGGCCCCAUCAGCCAUUCCUUUCCAUUGACACAGGGCAUAGUAGUGAUAGCCUUGUCUUAAUUAGCUAACCCAUUCUCUCAGUCAGAGUGACUUAUCUACAACACUAAAUACAGCCUUGCUAUUGACUCUGUGUCCAGUACGAAGCCUCCUCUCACUGAAGGGAGAGAAAGAGCCAUCUAUAACCAAGAAAGCUUUUCACACACACACUCCAACUUGAUCAUCCAAAAGAGCAAGCAUUUUCACACCUUUCCUAACUGGAUCUCAAUUAAGGGUGAGUGUUGCGGUGAAGCGAUGUGGGCUAUUAAAAUGGCUUCAGCGUAUUAUUGCACAGGGAGUGAAUUAUGUGUGUGAUUAGAGGACUGGGCAUAGUGCUACAGUGUGUGUGUGUGUGUGUCUGUGUGUGUGUGUGUGUGUGUGUGUGUGUGUGUGUGUGUGUGUGUGUGUGUGUGUGUGUGUGUGUGUCUGUGUGCGUGUGUGUGUGUGUGUGUGUGUGUGUGUGUGUGUGUGUGUGUGUGUGUGUGUGUGUGUGUGUGUGUGUGUGUCUGUGUGCGUGUGUGUGAGCACUGUAUACUCGAGCACACAGAUAAAGUUGUUUUCAAUUAAGGCUUACAUACCAGAACGCACUUCAGCCUUGUUCAAAUUGACAGUUUGAAGUGACUCAUAUCCUGUUUUUUUGCAUAUCUGAUUCGAAUCUGUUCUUUUUUACCUGCAGUCUGAACAGCCAAAAAGCACAUGGAAUCAGAUAUUUCAAAGCCAAAUUUCAAACCACCUUCGUAGGUGGUUUGAAAUCAGAUACAAAUCUGAUUCCUGGACAUGCGACUUCUGUCUGAACAGUAAAAUCUGAUUUAUUUGCCCUCAAAUGGUUUUUAGACUGUUAUUUGGCAUAUCUUGUUGCUUGCUAGCUACUCUGUUGACAGUUUGACAAGAACAUGUGGUAGCUACUAUUAAUUGUUUACAAACAAAUUAGGGAAUGCGCUAGAAACUUUGGCUAGCUAGCUGACUGCUGUAGCUUGCAAAAAAGGACUCGUUUUGAAAGUUGGAUCUUCUUUUCUUUUGAGGCUUUAAAAGUAUUCUUACAUUAUGAUUUUGAACAUUCAAAGCACCUGCGAAACAUCCAUGAGAGGAUCUUUUCUCCAAAUGAUUUCAGAGGGAGUGCGCACAUGCGGCUAUUCUGUGUUGACCAGUUAACAAAGAAACAUGUCCUUCUAUAUGCUUAAUUUAGAGUUUUUCAUGCAGCUUUAGUAGUGAUAUAAACGGUAGGUUACAUGUUUUCAUUUUUUAUACAUUUAAGGCUGCAUGAUGACUCUAAUGAUGAUUUGAACAAAGUUGCAUGAAAGGCAUGAGCUCUGCUUUGUUUAUUGUGCAGGCUGCACACUUCAUCACUCUCUCAUUCACAAUUUGACAAGCACUUGAUAAUAUUCUUACCCAUCAGACUAUUCUUAAUUUAAUCUGGUCUUUGCAUAUAGCCUAUGGAUGGAAUUAUUUUGUAUUUAGCAUGGCCUACAAACAAAACGUCAUCCGUAGCCUGCAAUUGAAUAGCAAAUGGAGGUUACGUGUGGUUAUAUUUUUAAUAUGCAAGCAUAGGCAGCACAUCCAUAAGGCUAGGGGAAGCUUUUCCUAAAAUAAAUUGAACUAAAUUGUCAAAACGAUAUAGCCUAAUUAGCCUACUCCUGUCUAUACAAAAAUACAGUGCAUUCGGAAAGUAUUGAGACCCCUUGAGUUUUUCCACAUUUUGUUACGUUACAGCCUUAUUAUAAAAUUUAUUAAAUAAAAAAUGUUCCUCAUAAAUCUACACACAAUACACCUUAAUGACAAAGCAAAAAAAUGAUUUUAGAAUGUUAGGCAAAUUUCCAUAAGUAUUCAGACCCUUUACUCAGUACUUUGUUGAAGCACCUUUAGCAGCGAUUACAGCCUCGAGUCUUCUUGGGUAUGACGCUACAAGCUUGGCACACCUGUAUUUGGGGAGUUUCUCCCAUUCUUCUCUGCAGAUCCUCUCAUGCUCUGUUAGGUUGGAUGGGGAGCAUCGCUGCACAGCUAUUUUCAGGUCUCUCCAGAGAUGUUCGAUCAGGUUCAAGUCGAGGCUGGGCCACUCAAGGACAUUCAGAGACUUGUCCCGAAGACACUCCUGCGUUGUCUUGGCUGUGUGCUUAGGGUCGUUGUCCUGUUGGAAGGUGAACCUUCGCCCUACUCUGAGGUCCUGAGCACUCUGGAGCAGGUUCUCAUCAAGGAUCUCACUAUACUUUUCUCUGUUCAUCUUUCCCUCGAUCCUGACUAGUCUCCCAAUCCCUUCCGCUGAAAAACAUCCCCACAGCAUGAUGCUGCCACCACCAUGCUUCAUCGUAGGGAUGGUACCAUGUUUCCUCCAGACGUGACGCUUGAUAUUCAGGCCAAAUAGUUAAAUCUUGGUUUCAUCAGACCAGAGAAUCUUGUUUCUCAUGGUCUGAGAGUCCUUUAGGGGCCUUUUGGCAAACUACAAGCAGGCUAUCAUGUGCCUUUUACUGAGGAGUGGCUUCCGUCUGGCCACUCUACCAUAAAGGCCUGAUUGGUGGAGUGCUGCAGAGAUGGUUGUCCUUGUGGAAGGUUCUCCCAUCUCCACAGAGGAACUCUGGAGCUCUGUCAGAGUGACCAUUUGAUUCUUGGUCACCUCCCUGAGCAAGCCCUUCUCCCUCGAUUGCUCAGUUUGGCCGGGCGGCCAGCUUUAGGAAGAGUCUUGGCGGUUCCAAACGUAUUCCAUUUAAGAAUGAUGGAGGCCACUGUGUUCUUGGGGACCUUCAAUGCUGCAGACAUUUUUUGGUACCCUUUCCUAGAUCUGUGCCUCGACAAAAUCCUGUCUCGGAGCUCUACGGACAAUUCGUUUGACCUCAAGGCUCGGUUUUUGCUCUGACAUGCACUGUCAACUGUGGGACCUUAUAUAGACAGGUGUGUGCCUUUCCAAAUCAUGUCCAAUCAAUUGAAUUUACCACAGGUGCACUCCAAUUAAGUUGUAUAAACAUCUUAAUGCUGAUCAAUGGAAACAGGAUGCACCUCAGCUCAAUUUCAAGUCUCAUAGAGAAGGGUCUGAAUAAUUAUGUAAAUAAGGUAUUUCUGUUUUUUUAUUUUAACAAAUUUGCAAACAUUUCUAAAAAACUGUUUUCGAUUGGUCAUUAUGGGGUAUUGUGUGUAAAUUGAUAAGGAUUUUUUUUUUUUAAUCCAUUUUAGAAUAAGGCUGUAACGUAACAAAAUGUGGAAAAACGGAAGGGGUCUGAAUACUUUCCGAAUGCACUGUAAAUUAAAUCAUUCAAAAUGCUACUAAAGCAUGAUUUGGCCACAGAGGAUCAUUAGCUUCUUUUUUAUAUAUUCGGAACAAAAAUAUAAACGCAACAUGUAAAGUGUUGGUCCCAUGUUUCAUGAAUUGAAAUAAAAGAUCCCCGAAAUAUUCCAUAUGCACAAAAAGCUUAUUUCUCUCAAAGUUUGUUCACAAAUGUGUUUACAUCGCUGUUAGUGAGCAUUUCUCCUUUGCCAAGAUAAUCCAUCCACCCGACAGGUGUGGCAUAUCAAGAAGCUGAUUAAACAGCAUGAUCAUUACACUGGUGCACCUUGUACUGGGGACAAUAAAAGGCCACACAACACAAUGCCACAGAUGUCACAAGUUUAGAGGGAGCGUGCUAUUGGUAUGCUGACUGCAGGAAUGUCCACCAGAGGUGUUGCCAGAGAAUUGAAUGUUAAUUUCUCUACCAUAAGCCGCCUCCAACGUCGUUUUAGAGAAUUUGGCAGUACGUCCAACUGGCCUCACAACCGCAGACCACGUGUAACCACGCCAGCCCAGGACCUCCACAUCCGGCUUCUUCACCUGCGGGAUCGUCUGAGACCCGGACAGCUGAUGAAACUGAGGAGUAUUUCUGUCUGUAAUAAAGCCCUUUUGUGGGGAAAAACUAAUUCUGUUUGGCUGGGCCUGGCUCCCCAGUCAUGUGAAAUCCAUAGAUUAGGGCCUAAUGAAUUUAUUUCAAUUGACUGAUUUCUUUAUAUGAACUGUAACUCAGUAAAAUCAUUGAAAUUGUUGCAUGAUGCGUUUAUAUUUUUGUUCAGUAUCAGUUGUGGAUUGUUUUAAAUCGUAUUGCCAAUAGUUGAAAGGAAAGGCAGGUUAUUGGGCAGGUUAUUGUUGAGUUGCGACUGUCUGUGAAAAGUAGAGAGGCCAAGCCAGGCAUAUUGCAAUAUUUCAAAAUACAAUCGUAGGAAAACAUAGUUUGGAAAGCAAAUGGUUAUUGCUGUAAAGAGAAGACAAUGAAAAGACUAAUCUGUCUUUUAGUUAUCAAAACAGUAUAGCCUAUCUUAUUGGCACCAGCGGAGAGCAUCAGCAAUAUCCCAGGUCAGUGUGUACUGCGCAUAUUCACUAUUUAUCAUUGUUAGGUCAGUGCUACUUAAAGGUUUGUUUUUUGACAACAAUUUCCUCCUCCAGUUUAGAUGGAUGUCAUAUUCUAUUUGUGUCUCCCCUUCUCGUAGGCCUAUUAUAUGGACAAUGUCAUUUUUAUUAAUCUGUUUGUCAAUGUCAGCAGAGGAAGCUACCCUGUAAUUUGUCAUAUUAAAAAAGAUUCUGCUAAUGUCUCCAGUCAUAUAAAGUGUAGUUGAAUUGCAUGAAAUGUGUUUAUAAAAGGCCACAUUUUUACCUUGCAAAGAAAGAAGAAACGUAUCUGAUAUAGCCUAGGCCUACUCUACACUAUACUCUCUCAGCCAUGCAUUGAACAGUAUUUUUUUGUGCACAGUGAUUGAGUUAUAUUAUUAGCCUAAAUUAUGACUAUCCAAUCUACUCAUGACAUUCAUAAUAGUAGGCUAUCUUACAUAGGUCUGCAAAUGCGAUGAUGCAUGGAAUGCUUUAUUAUAAAGUUCAAUUUUUAUGGUGAAACUUGAAACUCACGCACCGCCUAUGUAUGCCAGGUUAUAAAGCGGAUUAAUGUGCUUCAUUCUAAGAAUUUAGCAAUAAAUAUAGCAGCACGAGAAAGCUGGGAUCCUCUUUUAAAUAGUGGCCAGUCAAAACUCUGUUUUCACAUGCUAUUGCACAAUGACUGGGCUUAUAAGAACACGUUUCACUCGGCUCUGUAGGCUAUGUGCUCUCUAACCAUGUUCCAGGUGUCCUAGGUCUAUAGGCUACAUUUGGAGUUAUUUGGCCACUUUUGUUGUGGUAUAAACCUUAUCAAAGCAUAUAGGCCCAUGGGUUAGGCUACAUGAGGUGUUUGACUAUGAUUUGAAAAAGUCGCACAAAAAAAGGCAUGUGCUGUUUCUUGUCUUACUGCAAAUGCUGGGCAUAAUUCACAUAUGAUAAUACAUCAUUCACAAGUGAUAAUAUUGUCACCAAUCAGACUAUUCUUAAUUUAAUCUUGUCUUUACAUAUACUAAAUAAUAUGUGUGAAAUUAGUUUUGAUUUAGGAUGGACCAUUAUCAUGCACCUGUCGGAACAGGGGCAUGGGGAAAAAAUACAUGUCAUCUAUGUACUUAAAUAGCGAAUGGAGGACGCUUUUCACACGGUUCAUUUUCAUGCCAGCCAGGUAGGCUAUACUCCUGUUGUAAAGCGAAGCAAUGUGCUUAAUAUUAGGAAAGUUGAGAAAUAAAUAUAGUAGGCCUAGCCUAUAGAAAGCUGAUGGGAUCCUCCUCUUUUUAAUAGAGGCCAUCAAAACUCUGUUUUCUCACACAAUUGCAUAGCCUAUAGAAAUGUUGCGCAACAUGAGCUCAUGGGCACUCAUGAAGUGUUUGAUUUGAUUUUCAAUUUCAUUUGCAUUGAUUUUAGAGUGAUUAGAGGGACAUUAGAUCUCUGAGUACCAGGCCAUUAGCGACUGGCAGUUAGCAAGUUUGGUAGGCUACUAAUGACCAUCAGCAGCUUCAGAGCACAGUUUUGGAGAAGCCUAGUUACCGUGAUUAAAUGGUCACGUGGAAUUUGACUGCGGUCAUGACUCAUGACCGCCGGUGUGGCGGUGACCGGUCAUGACUCGUGACCGCCGGUGUGGCGGUAAUACGGUUACCGUAACAGCCCUACUAUCACCUUAGCCUGCUACAUAACUUCUGAGUGAUAGGAAGCAGCAGCACCACCACCAAUCAGCCUACACCACUGUGCACACACCCAUCAUUACUAUGACAAUUAGUGUAGCCAUGUCAGCAAAUGAUUGCUGUCUGAAUACAUACAAUUCCGAUUUGGUCACUUGUAACUUGCUGUUUGGACAGUCAGUAUUCCAAAACUGAUUUUGAAAACAAAACUUGAGCAUGAAGGCCUGCAGUGUAAACAAGGCUUUUGAGAAGUCCUGAUAGAGUCUCAGCCAGUGAUUAGUAGGGUUUGUGUGUCUAUGCAUGCACAUGCUCGUGUGUGUGUGUGUGUGUGUGUCAGUGAAUGUGGUAGUAUCAAGUUGAGUCAUGGUGGAGAGGCUAUUUAAACCCUGUUUAUGUGACAGAUUUCAGGGAAAUUAAGGCCAAUUGCCUUGCUUCAAGCAUUGGGCCAAUCACAGGCUGGAUUAAUAGGUGGCAUGUAUAAAUGUAAUCCAUGAAUCCAUCAGAGAGAUGCUGGCUCUGGUCUGACCUUAUUAAUGGUCAAUGACCUUAUGAAUGGACAUAUUAAACUCAGUAAUUAUGCCAGCUGAAUAAAGGACUGGGGGCAGAGAUGGUGAGUGUGUGUUUUGUGUGUGUGUGUUUGGUUUUACUAUCCUUUUGGGGACCAGAACUCCUCACAAGGAUAGUAAAACAAGGUAAAAUUCAGACAAGUGGGGACAUUUCGUUGGUCCCAACAAAUAAAAAGGCUAUUUUAGGCUAUGGGGUUAGAAUUAGGGUUAGGGGUAAGGGGUAAGGGUUAGGGUAAGAGACAUUGGCAGAUCUCAUGCAGCAGUGGCCACAGCCAUCACACUGCUGAAAGCACUACGGCAGCUGACCUGGAAAAAUACAAAAUGACACACACACUCAGUCACCACAAAUAAUGUUCACACACAAUCACUCAGCCAGCACAAAUAAUGUUCACACACAAUCACUCAGUCCCCACAAAUAAUGUUCACACACAAUCACUCAGUCACCACAAAUAAUGUUCACACACAAUCACUCAGUCACCACAAAUAAUGUUCACGCACAAUCACUCAGUCACCACAAAUAAAGUUCACACACAAUCACUCAGUCACCACAAAUAAUGUUCACACACAAUCACUCAGCCAGCACAAAUAAUGUUCACACACAAUCACUCAGUCCCCACAAAUAAUGUUCACACACAAUCACUCAGUCCCCACAAAUAAUGUUCACACACAAUCACUCAGUCACAACAGAUAAUGUUCACACACAAUCACUCAGUCACCACAAAUAAUCUUCACACACAAUCACUCAGUCACAACACAGAGUGCACUGACACAACAAAAUAAAAAAUCAUGACCUCUGUCUCCUUGAUGCUUGCUUCCAUGUUCACACACACACACACACACACACACACACACACACACACACACACACACACACACACACACACACACACACACACACACACACACACACACACACACACACACACACACACACACACACACACACACAUUGUAACCCCCAUACUCUGUGUGUUUCAGCUGCAUCCAGGCGAAGCCUUCACUGUGUACCACACCAGUCCUACUCUGUCCAGUCUGUCCAAACCAGUGGUGCUGUGGACCCAACAGGAUGUCUGCAAGUGGCUGAAGAAACACUGUCCCCACAACUACCUAACCUACGUAGAAGCCUUCUCCCACCACGCAAUCACAGGUAAUGUGUAGAAACCUUCUCCCACCACGCAAUCACAGGUAAUGUGUAGAAACCUUCUCCCACCACGCCAUCACAGGUAAUGUGUAGAAACCUUCUCCCACCAUGCUAUCACAGGUAAUGUGUAGAAACCUUCUCCCACCACGCUAUCACAGGUAAUGUGUAGAAACCUUCUCCCACCAUGCAAUCACAGGUAAUAUGUAGAAACCUUCUCCCACCACGCAAUCACAGGUAAUGUGUAGAAACCUUCUCCCAUCACGCUAUCACAGGUAAUGUGUAGAAACCUUCUCCCACCACGUAAUCACAGGUAAUGUGUAGAAACCUUCUCCCACCACACUAUCACAGGUAAUGUGUAGAAACCUUCUCCCACCACGCAAUCACAGGUAAUGUGUAGAAACCUUCUCCCACCACGCAAUCACAGGUAAUGUGUAGAAACCUUCUCCCACCACACUAUCACAGGUAAUGUGUAGAAGCCUUCUCCCACCACACAAUCACAGGUAAUGUGUAGAAACCUUCUCCCACCACGCUAUCACAGGUAAUGUGUAGAAACCUUCUCCCACCACGCAAUCACAGGUAAUGUGUAGAAACCUUCUCCCACCACACUAUCACAGGUAAUGUGUAGAAACCUACUCCCACCACGCAAUCACAGGUAAUGUGUAGAAACCUUCUCCCACCACGCAAUCACAGGUAAUGUGUAGAAACCUUCUCCCACCAUGCUAUCACAGGUAAUGUGUAGAAACCUUAUCCCACCACGCUAUCACAGGUAAUGUGUAGCUCACCUUGGUCUGCUCCACUCUCACAGAAGGUAGUGAAGCAACUGCUAGCUGUCUUGCUGCUGGUAGCCCUUAAAGCGUGGAGGAGCCCUGGAAAGAGAGAGAGAGACAGAGAUAGAGCGAGAGAGAGAGAGAGAGAGAGAGAGAGAACACAGCUCAGUGAGAACACUCACAAAGAAAAUAUACAGUGCCUUCAGAAAGUAUUCAUACCCCUUGACUUAUUCCACAUUUUGUUGUGUUACAGCCUUAAUUCAAAAUUGAUUAAAUAUAUUUUUUUCUCACCCAUCUACACACAAUACUCCAUAAUGACAAAGUGAAAACAUGUCUUUGAAAUUUUAGCAUAUUUAUUGAAAACGAAGUACAGAAAUAUCUCAUUUACAUAAGUAUUCACACUGCUGAGCCAAUACUUUGUAGAAGCACUUUUGGCAGUGAUUACAGCUAUGCGUCUUUCUGGGUAAGUCUCUAAGAGCUUGCCACACCUGGAUUGUGCAACAUUUGUCCAUUAUUCUUUUCAAAAUUCUUCAAGCUCUGUCAAAUUGGUUUUUGAUCAUUGCUAAACAACCAUUUUCAGGUCUUGCCAUAGAUUUCCAAGUAGAUGUACAGUACCAGUCAAACGUUUGGACACACCUACUCAUUCAAGGGUUUUUUCUUUAUUUUUACUAUUUUCUACAUCAAAACUAUGAAAUAAUACAUAUGGAAUCAUGUAGUAACUAAAAAAGUUUUAAAGAAAUCAAACUAUAUUUAAUAUUUGAGAUUCUUCAAAGGAGCCACCCUUUGCCUUGAUGACAGCUUUGCACACUCUUGGCAUUCUCUCAACCAGCUUCACCUGGAAUGCUUUUCCAACAGUCUUGAAGGAGUUCCCACAUAUGCUGAGCACUUGUUGGCUGCUUUUCCUUCACUCUGCGGUCUGACUCAUCCCAAACCAUCUCAAUUGGGUUGAGGUCGGGGGAUUCUGGAGGCCAAGUCAUCUGAUGCAGCACUCCAUCACUCUCCUUCUUGGUAAAAUAGCCCUUAAACAGCCUGGAGGUGUGUUGUGUCAUUGUCCUGUUGAAAAACAAAUGAUAGUCCCACCAAGCCCAAACCAGAUGGGAUGGCGUAUCGCUGCAGAAUGCUGUGGUAGCCAUGCUGGUUAAAUGUGCCUUGAAUUCUAAAUAAAUCACAGACAGUAUCACCAGCAAAGCACCCCCACACCAUAACACCUCCUCCUCCAUGCUUUACGGUGGGAAAUACACAUGCGUAGAUCAUCCGUUCACCCACACCGCAUCUCACAAUGACACAGCGGUUGGAACCAAAAAAAAGGACACAUUUCCAUCGGUCUAAUGUCUAUUGCUCGUGUUUCUUGGCCCAAGCAAGUCUCUUCUUCUUAUUGGUGUCCUUUAGUAGUGGUUUAAUAAUAUAAUAAUAAUAUGCCAUUUAGCAGACGCUUUUAUCCAAAGGGACUUACAGUCAUGCGUGCAUACAUUUUUUUUUUUGUGUAAGGGUGGUCCCGGGGAUCGAACCCACUACCUUGGCGUUACAAGCGCCGUGCUCUACCAGCAAUUCGACCACGAAGGCCUGAUUCACACAGUCUCCUCUGAACAAUUGAUCUUGAGAUGUGUCUGUGACUUGAACUCUGUGAAGCAUUUAUUUGGGCUGCAAUUUCUGAGGCUGGUAACUCUAAUGAACUUAUCCUCUGCAGCAGAGGUAACUCUGGGUCUUCCAUUCCUGUGGCGGUCCUCAUGAGAGGCAGUUUCAUCAUAGCGCUUGAUGGUUUUUGCGACUGCACUUGAAGAAACUUUAAAAGUUCUUGAAAUGUUCCGUAUUGACUGACCUUCAUGUCUUAAAGUAAUGAUGGACUGUCAUUUCUCUUUGCUUAUUUGAGCUGUUCUUGCCAUAAUAUGGACUUGGUCUUUAACCAAAUAGGGCUAUAUUCUGUAUACCCCCCUGAAUUAAUCUCCCAGUGUCUGGUGGAAAGCAGACUGAACCAGGUUUUCCUCUAGGAUUUUGCCUGUGCCUAGCUCCAUUCCGUUUAUUUUUUAUCCUGAAAAACUCCCCAGUCCUUAAUGAUUACAAGCAUACCCAAAACAUGAUGCAGCCAACACUAUGCUUGAACAUUUUAGGAGUGGUACUCAGUAAUGUUUUGUAUUGGAUUUGCCCUAAACAUAACACUUUGUAUUCAGGAUAAAAAGUUAAUUGCUUUGCCACAUUUUUUGCAGUAACACUUCAGUGCCUUGUUGCAAACAGGAUGCAUGUUUUGAAAUAUUUGUAUUCUGUACAGGCUUCCUUCUUUUCACUCUGUCAAUUAGGUUAGUAUUGUGGUGUAACAACAAUGUUGUUGAUCCAUCCUCAGUUUUCUCCUAUCACAGCCAUUAUAGUCUGUAACUGUUUUAAAGUCACCAUUGGCCUCAUGGUGAAUCCCUGACUGGUUUCCUUCCUCUCUGGCAACCGAGUUAGGAAGGACGCCUGUAUCUUUGUAGUGACUGGGUAUCCAAAGUGUAUUUAAUGACUUCUUUAUGCUCAAAGGGAUAUUCAAUGUCUGCUUUUUUUUUACCCAUCUACCAAUAGGUGCCCUUCUGUGCAAGGCAUUGGAAAACCUCCCUGGUCUUUGUGGUUGAAUCUGUGUUUGAAAUUCACUGCUCGACUGAGGGACCUUACAGAUAAUUGUAUGUGUGGGGUACAGAGAUGAGGUAGUCAUACAAAAAUCAUGUUAAACACUAGUAUUGCACACAGAGUGAGUCCAUGCAACUUAUAAAGUAACUUGUUAAGCAUAUUUUUACUCCUGAACUUAUUUAGGCUUGCCAUAACAAUGGGGUUGAAUACUUAUUGACUCAAGACAUUUCAGCUCUUCAUUUUUUGUUAAUUUGUAAACAUUUCUAAAAACAUAAUUCCACUUUGACAUUAUGUGAUAUUGUGUGUAGGCCAGUGACAAAAAAAACAAAAUGUAAUCCAUUUUAAAUUCAGGCUGUAACACAACAUAAUUGGAAAAAGUCAAGGGGUGUGAAUACUUUCUGAAGGCACUAUACAGACAGGCAUUAUGGUAGCUCCCUGAGCUUCAGAUCUCAAGCAAGUUUAUUCAUCACCUGAGCCUAGUUUUGCAAGAUACCUUCUCUACACUCCGCUACUCUCCACCGCCCAGAGAACUGAAGCUCCUGUACUCAGAGAGUUGGGACCAAUUCAGACAGGUCUCUGAAAAGGCUUAGCCUGAGAAACCAAAUCUCACACAAGUUGUAUUUUUAGUUCCUUAGCUGGUUCCACAGCUUCGCUUUUUCAGCUGCGGGACUUAAGAAAUGGUUUACACCCAAAUCUCUCACAAGACGAUUUAAAGACCAUUCAUGCAGUACAAGCUAAGAAAGGAACACUUUGUUUUUGUGAAAGAAAAGGAAAGCUGUUGAAGCGGACAUAGUCUACGGUGUUCUGGAUUCGCACACACAUGCAGCAUACACAUUGCUAACAACACAUCCACAGUCUACGGUGUUCUGGAUUCGCACACACAUGCAGCAUACAUAUUGCUAACAACACAUCCACGCACACACACACUCACACACGCACACACGCACGCACACACAGUACGUACUGGAUAUGAGCGCUCAGUUCUCUUAGCCUUGAGUCAGACAGCACAGAACAGGUCCCUUUCAGAGCCACUCACAGAGAACAGAUUUCUUUUCUAAACUGCAGUCAGCCAUCACUCACUAAGUCACUCUUUACCUUGAUACACGCACACACACACGCACACGCACACGCACACGCACACACACACACACACACAGUGUUUGUCUGCCUCAGGGUUACAGAUAACCCAGCAACAGCAGAUCAUAUCUCUUUUAUUUAUUUAUUUAUUUAUUAUAUUUAUAUAUUAUAUUACAGACACUAGCAAAUGCAUGAACACACACACACACAGACAUGCACACACACACACACACACACACACACACACACACACACACACACACAGACACACACACACACAGACACACACACACACACAUACAGACACACACACAGGUGCAGUCAGUUUGUCUCAUUAUGUGUAUAAAAUGUGGAAGCUAUAGACAGCACCAGUGACCUGGUAAAUAGAGAAUCAGCUAGCCAUAGAAUUACAUAUAGAACCUGAAUUAUAGGUGAAUUAUAGGAUUUCUGUGCAGCUAUAAAUCUGCCUGUGAAGGGUAUAGUACUAACCAAUGUGAUGGCGAAAUCUGCCCCACUCUCCAACAAACAUGAUAUUUAGAGUAGGCUGUUAUACAGAUGUGUUUGAUGCUAUUAAUUAGGCUACUCCCAUGACCUAUUGCUAGCAAAUGCCCAUGUAAUUCAAGUGAACGUAUUUUCCCUGUCACGACUUCCGCCGAGGCUGCCUCCCCUCCUUGUUCGGGCAGGUUUUGGCGUUCGGCGUCACCGGCUUACUAGCUACUGCCGAUCCAUUUAUCAUCACUCCAUUUGUCUUGUCUUCAAUCACACACACCUGGUCCUUAUCCCUCAUUAGUCAUGGUAUAAGUGUUCCCUCUGCUUCCUUGUCUGUGUGGGUGAUUGUUUAUUGUGGAGGUUAGUGAAGCUCGUGGAGCUCGUGUAUUGUGUAUCGACUGGAGUAUUUCCUGUGUGCCUUGUAUUUUCCAGUGAGCCUGUUUUGUGCCCUGGAGUGUGUUUGACGCAUUUCUGCGUAAACCUAUAUUUUGCGGAUUAAAGCCUGUUAUUCUGUGAUUUACCCUCCUCCGCCUGACUCCUUCAACACCACCUCAUCACAUUCCCUCAGUUUACAAUUGCAUUAGUUAGAGUUGAGUGCUUUGUGUUUGUUGCCGCUUCUCGGAGCUCCGCUCGUGUACGUCCGCGUUCUAUACGAGGCACACCUGCAGACGUGUGCAUGUAUGUAGGCCUACAUCCACAGUUGCUCGAGAAGCGUGCACCACUUUUCCUGUGGAUUUUGUCAUUGAAUGUAUUAUUUUGGUUAUUGAGAUCUCUGCUAUUAAAUGUACAGGUCGAGUUAGAAAGGCCUGUGCGAAUCUGAGGAUGGUUAUUAGUCUUUGGUAGAUAUUUUAGCCCAAUACAACCUCUGUGUCGGGUAAAAUAGUUUUCAACCAGUUACUUGGUUAUGUGCAACCAUGCUUGUUGAGGCAAUGGUUUAGAAGGCAAUGGUUUAGCCAGGGCCAGCCCUACCAAUAAGCGACGUAAGUGGAUGCUUUUUUACCACAGAUUUUCAUAAUUUUUUUGUAAUUCAGUCAGGGUCUCAAUUUACUGUUGAGAGUAAGAAAUAGUAGAAUACACAAGGUGCAAUUUCGAAAUGUGGUUGUGCAUCAGCAGUUUUUCUCUUGUUAUGUCAGUCACUGACAGUCACUCAAUAAGCCCAUCUCAGUAUUAUUAUUUGUUUUGCUAGGUAAGUUAAUUUAGCCAGCUAUCUAAACCUUGUAGUAAUCAUGACCGAAUUACUGACCCAGGCACUCAGGGCAUGUGUCAAUAAGGGAUCAUAGCUUUCACCUGGAUUCACCUGGUCAGUCUGUCAUGGAAAGAGCAGGUAUCCUUAAUGUUUUGUAUACUCAGUGUAAAUAACCACUGCUACCUGCACUAUCCUUCUUUCUUAAAACCAACAUUUUUGCAUCGUAUCCUUUUACCCUGCCUGCCUACCCGUCUGCCCGCCCAUAAGAAAUGUUUACCACAAUCUGUUACAGAAUAUUUAAUGUACAGGAUCAAGGUCAGAAGUGUGUGUGUGCCAUCAGCACGCCCGCACGACAGUACUGGUCAUGCUUGUUAGUGCGCGUCUUAAGCUACACCCUGGACCAUAGCUGUAUAGCUAUGCCAUACAGCCAUAGGGUUCUCAGUUUAACAAUUAACCACAGCGGGGCUCUGUCUAACCGUGUCUAACUGUGUCUAAUAACUACGUGCAAUACGGUUUUGGAAACCUCAGAAACUCUACUUUCAUUUCUCUCCAAAAUAAUUGUUAAAAUACAAAAGAUUCACUUACUGUGCUCUGUUCUAACAUUAAGUGUCCAUAUUGUAGCGGCCAUGACAGAAAUGUCUCCCUUUUGCCCUCAGAACUUGUUUAUCACCAAUUAACCGUGUCGGUGCGUUGAACGAAACGGUUUCCACAGAAACAGUUUUCUUCUCCCUUCUCCCUUUAUUCUCACCUCUUUGAAGGCGCUAGCUGCUAUCUCUAUCUGCAGGCCAUUAUUAGGCUCUGUAUUAAGUCUGUCGGAGGGGAAUUGGAUUGGAGCUCUAUUCAUCUGCUUUGUCUUGUUUGUACACAAAGGAACCAAGGGCAGCUUUUCUAGGACACCAUGUUUCUGGGGGCAGGAAAGAGAGACGCACUGGCUGAGGUGGGAGGGAGAGAGAGGGCUGGACAGAGAGGGUGUGUGUGUGUGUGUGUGUGUGUGUGUGUGCUGGGCUUUUGAGGUGUAUCCACAUACAGAGGCGGAAAUGAGAAUGGAUGGAUUGAUUAGGAGAGCUAACAGUAUGAGUAAUGUGUCAAAUCAUGUAGACCUAGGCUGCUACAGCUUUGAUGGAUUCCUUCACUCUCCUCUCGAUUGAAGGACAAGGCCAUACCAUUUGUGUGUGUGUGUGUAAUGAAGUAGACAUGCAUGUGUCGUCUCUGUGUUUGUUUGUUUGUGUGUGUGUGUGUGUGUGUAAAGCGUGAUGCUUACUGUGGAUAAUGGUAUGUUAAAAGUGUGUGUCCCUGGGGGUCUAACACCUUGGUGUUCUAGUUAAAACAUCCUCACUAAAUCAUCUGGCUGAAUAAACCUCACUAAGCCAUCCUGCUCGGUGUCAUAAUGACUCGUAGGAAAAGCAGAGAAAACACACUUAACCCUUAGACGUAAAUCAACAGCGUAAAUCUCUCUCUCUCUCUCUCUCUCUCUCUCUCUCUCUCUCUCUCUCUCUCUCUCUCUCUCUCUCUCUCUCUCUCUCUCUCUCUCUAGGUCGUGCUUUGCUGAGGUUGAACGGGGAGAAGUUGGAGAGGAUGGGCAUCGUCCAGGAAACAUUGAGACAGGAGGUUCUACAGCAG